CUUCAGCAUCAACAAGUCAAUUAACAAACUCUUAUCACAUUAUCCGCACCCACCCUCCCUGGAUGCGCAUCUGUUUCUAGAGCUAUGAUAUAUCAUCCUCCAUCUUCUGCACCUUUUCGAACCGAAACGCGACCGCCAUGAGAUCUCCUAAGCCAACGCCGCCAAGCAACAAACCAGAUAAUGAGAUAUCCAUCAGUCAUACUUGGAGACAUACUCUUGCGAUACAGAUCGAGAACAACCAAGGCGAACUUCCAUGUCCUGUGGCGACACAGGGUGCUCACCUCAUCCCUCCGCCACCAACACCUGCUUUCCAUACCAGCACUCCCAACACAGUCUUCAUCCAAAGCCUCACAAACAAACUCAAACUUCUUCAAAUGCGUCAAAAUAUCCGAAUAGGCCUCUACGGUGCAGAGUUUGCCGACCAGUGGCCGAUAUCCAAGACGCCGAGAGAUCUUGCCAAGGACGCUGCGAAUAGAGUCACCAAGAUACACGAUGACCUAUUAUUAGCCUUGGGUGAUGACACGGAAACAGAUGAGGAAGAGAAUGAGAGGUGCGGUAUACAAAACGAAUUAAUCUCUGCGGCCUGCCGAAAGCGCAUGUUAGAGGCAAGGGAGAAGAGGAAGAGAGACGUUCCGCUCCCUUCGCCUGAAGGAACGGACGAUGAUACGACUGGACAGAUAAAGAAAAGGAAGAGGGACGACAUUGAAUUGGUGGAGCCGACGCGGAAGAGAAAGAGAGAUGCAACAAGGAGACAUCGAUAAAGGCGAUCGAUCCACCUUUGGCAUCGAUCUUGCGUUGCACGAGGUC